CGCCCCUGAGCGCGGCGCAGCGAUGCCGUGGUUCCCGGUGAAGAAGGUUCGCAAGCAGAUGAAGCUGCUGUUGCUGCUGCUGCUGCUCACCUGCGCCGCGUGGCUCACGUACGUGCACCGGAGCCUGGUGCGCCCCGGCCGCGCGCUGCGCCAGCGGCUGGGCUACGGGCGAGAUGGCGAGAAGCUGACUGGUGUGACAGAUAGCCGGGGCGUCCGGGUGAUGCCAUCCACACAGAGGGCAGAGGACUCUAGUGAGAGUCGUGAGGAGGAGCAGGCGCCUGAGGGUCUGGACUCAAACAUGCUCUUUCCCGGAGGCGCUGGCAAGCCACCCCCACUGAACCUCACCUACCAUACACCUCCGUGGCGGGAGGAGUUCAAGGGGCAGGUAAACCUGCACGUGUUUGAGGACUGGUGUGGGGGCGCGGUGGGCCACCUGAGAAGGAACCUUCACUUUCCACUGUUUCCUCACACUCGUACCACCGUGAAGAAGUUGGCUGUGUCCCCCAAGUGGAAGAACUAUGGGCUCCGGAUUUUUGGCUUCAUCCACCCAGCGAGAGAUGGAGACAUCCAGUUCUCUGUGGCUUCCGAUGACAACUCUGAGUUCUGGCUGAGCCUAGAUGAGAGCCCGGCAGGUGCCCAGCUUGUAGCCUUUGUGGGCAAGACUGGCUCAGAGUGGACAGCACCAGGAGAGUUCACCAAAUUCAGCUCCCAGGUGUCCAAGCCCCGGCGACUCAUGGCCUCUCGGAAAUACUACUUUGAACUACUGCAUAAGCAAGAUGACAAGGGUUCAGACCACGUGGAAGUGGGUUGGCGAGCUUUCCUGCCUGGUCUGAAGUUUGAGGUCAUUGGAUCUGCUCACAUCUCCCUGUACACAGAUGAGUCAUCUCUGAAGAUGGACCACGUGGCCCAUGUGCCUCAGUCUCCAGCUAGCCACGUGGGGGGAGCCCUGCCCCAAGAGGAACCCAGCGCUGACAUGCUCAGGCCAGACCCCAGAGACACAUUCUUCCUCACUCCUCGAAUGGAGCCGUCAAGCCUGGAGAAAGUACUGGAGCCCUGUGCCUAUGCGCCCACCUACAUCCUUAAGGAUUUUCCAAUUGCCAGAUACCAGGGACUGCAGUUUGUGUACCUGUCCUUCGUUUAUCCCAGUGACCACACCCGCCUCACUCACAUGGAGAGUGACAACAAAUGCUUCUACCGAGAGUCACCGCUGUAUCUGGAAAGGUUUGGAUUCUACAAGUACAUGAAGAUGGACAAGGAAGAGGGAGAAGAAGAUGAAGAAGAGGAGCUGCAGCGUAGGGCAUUCCUCUUCCUCAACCCAGAUGACUUCCUGGAUGAGGACGAGGACGAGCGAGAACCGCUGGACAGUCUGGAGCCCACGGAUGCGUCCCUGCCGCGGAGCCGAAAGACCCCUGCCCCAGUGGCCCCCACGGGGGCUGCAGCCUCCCCUGCCCCAUCUACACCAGGCCCCCUGGAUGACCAGACCCCCAGACACUCCCGGGCACUGAGCUGGGCUCCCCGCCCGCUGCCCCUGUUCUUGGGCCGAGCUCCACCCCCGCGAGCUGCUGAAAGGCCCCCCUCGAAGGUCUAUGUAACCAGGGUUCGGCCUGGACAGCGAUCUUCCCCAAGGGCACCGCGUGACCCACCCUGGCCACCUUUCCCAGGUGUCUUCCUGCGUCCUAGGCCCCUUCCCAGAGUACAGUUGCGGGCACCCCCCCAUCCUCCUCGACCACAGAGUCAUAGGACCAGUGGCCCCCAGGCCACGCAGUUAAGGCCCCCAACUGGGGCUCAGACCAUCCGGGAAGGCCAGACACAUGCACAGGGACUCGAAGCACCCACACCCCACUCCAACUCCUCAGCGGAAGCACAGCCCGUGACCUCCUUCCUGAGCCUGUCUCAGGUGUCCAGGCCCCAGCUGCCGGGAGAGGGUGAAGAGGAAGAAGAUGAUGGGGCCCCUGGUGAUGAGGGGGCAUCAGAAGACAGUGAAGAGGAGGAGGAGGAGGCCGCUGACAGGCCACUGGGCCGCUGGCGUGAGGACGCCAUUGACUGGCAGCGCACGUUCAGCGUGGGCGCCAUGGACUUCGAGCUGCUGCGCUCCGACUGGAAUGACCUGCGCUGCAACGUGUCGGGGAACCUGCAGCUGCCAGAGACGGAAGCCGUGGACGUGGUGGCUCAGUACAUGGAGCGACUCAAUGCGCACCAUGGCGGGCGCUUCGCGCUCUUGCGCAUCGUGAACGUGGAGAAGCGCCGCGACUCGGCGCGCGGAAGCCGCUUCCUGCUGGAGCUGGAGCUGCAAGAGCGCGGGGGCGGCCGCCUGCGCCUGUCGGAGUACGUCUUCCUGAGGCUGCCCGGAGCCCGCGUGGGCGACGAGGACGGCGAGAGUCCCGAGCCCCCUCCCGCCGUGCCCACGCGCCCCGACGGCCGCCCUGAGCUCUGCCGGCCGCUGCGCCUGGCCUGGCGUCAGGACGUCAUGGUGCACUUCAUCGUGCCAGUGAAGAACCAGGCACGCUGGGUGACCCAGUUUCUGGCAGACAUGGCCGCGCUGCAUGUGCACACCGGGGACUCGCGUUUCAACAUCAUCCUUGUGGACUUCGAGAGCGAAGACAUGGACGUGGAGAUGGCCCUGCGUGUGGCACGGCUGCCUCGGUACCAGUACUUGAGACGAACUGGGAACUUCGAGCGUUCUGCAGGUCUGCAAGCUGGAGUAGAUGCCGUUGAGGACCCCAGCAGCAUCGUCUUCCUCUGCGACCUGCACAUCCACUUCCCCCCCAACAUCCUGGACAGCAUCCGCAAGCACUGUGUGGAGGGCAAGCUGGCCUUUGCCCCUGUGGUCAUGCGUCUGGGCUGUGGGAGCUCUCCAAGAAAUCCACAUGGUUACUGGGAGGUGAAUGGCUUUGGCCUCUUUGGGAUCUACAAGUCAGACUUUGACCGUGUGGGAGGCAUGAACACUGAGGAAUUCCGUGACCAGUGGGGAGGCGAGGACUGGGAGCUUCUGGACAGGGUCCUGCAGGCAGGGCUGGAGGUGGAGAGGCUUCGACUUCGGCACUUCUACCACCACUACCACUCCAAGCGGGGCAUGUGGGCCACUCGCAGCCGCAAGGGCUCCCGGGCAGAGCGAGCCUGAGCACCGGUGACUCUCCUCUGCCUUGCUGUCUGCUACCAGCUGUGGGCCCGUCCCCCAGAGGCCGCCUCCGCGACCCUGGACAGGCAGCCUUCACGGCAGGGUGGAUAUGCUUCGGUGUCCCCACGCUCCGUGAUGAUUUCUGUGAAAUUUUUCCGUAGCAAUGUCAUUGUUUUCAGGAUUUCCAAGAGUUCUGUCUGUUCUGUUUUUUAUUCAGAAUGAAAUGAAAUAUUUUUUUUUUUUA